AUGAAUAAACAAGGUCUGAGGGUAACUGUGUUGCUAACAUCAUCCCUCAUGGUACUGGGAGCUGGCCUGAGAUGUGUUCCAGUUUCAGACCUAGAAAUUAGGAAGAAGCUGAUUCACGGAGGGCAGCUGUUAAAUGGCUUGGCGGGGCCAACUGUGAUGAACGCGGCACCAUUCCUUUCAACGACGUGGUUUUCUCCGGAUGAACGUGCCACAGCAACAGCCAUCGCAUCACUGCUCAAUUACCUGGGAGCUGCUGGCGCCUUUCUAGUGGGACCUCUUGUAGUGCCAUCUCCUAAUGGAACAUCUCACCUCCCGCUGGUAUCGCAGAGCAACACUGAGCACAUCAAGGACCGCAUUGAGGCUGUGCUGUAUGCAGAAUUUGGAAUGGUUUCCCUGAUAUUUUCCGCAGCGUUGGCCUACUUCCCCUCGCGCCCUCCAUUCCCUCCCAGCGUGGCUGCGGCAAGUCAGCGGCUCAGCUACAGGAGAAGUUUUUGCAGACUCUUAAGCAAUUUCCGAUUCUUGAUGAUUGCUUUAGCCUAUGCUAUACCACUGGGUGUUUUCUCUGGCUGGUCUGGUGUUCUGGAUUUGAUAUUAACGCCAGUUCACGUAAGCCAAGUAGAUGCAGGCUGGAUUGGAUUUUGGUCUAUAGUUGGAGGUUGUGUUGUUGGCAUAGCAAUGGCAAGAUUUGCAGAUUUUAUUAGGGGCAUGCUGAAGUUUAUACUGCUGCUGCUUUUAUCUGGAGCAACGUUAGCAUCAACCUGGUUCACUCUCACCUGUCUAAAUAGUGUCACUCAUCUGCCUUUAACCACAGCUACACUGUACACAUCCUGCAUUUUGUUGGGUAUAUUCCUCAACAGCAGCGUACCAAUAUUCUUUGAGCUCUUUGUGGAGACAGUCUACCCUGUUCCAGAAGGAAUUACCUGCGGAGUUGUCACCUUUUUGAGUAACGUGUUUAUGGGAGUGCUUUUGUUUUUCCUCACGUUUUACCACACAGAGUUUUCCUGGUUCAACUGGUGCCUGCCAGGAUCGUGUCUGCUCAGCCUGCUCCUCAUCCUGUGCUUCCGCGAGUCCUACGACAGACUCUAUCUCGAUGUCGUCGUCUCUGUGUGAUAACACUGGACUGGUGAGGGGCUGGAAGAAACUGGAAGUCAGCUUUGCAGUCUGCACGCCUGCCUGGAUUUGCACAGCUGGACAGUGGAAAAACAAAGAAAUUACGAGACUUAAUCGUGGCUUUAUUAGAGAGGGUGAGGGACAGGUUGUUCUUACGUUCAAGACCACCUCGAUUUGUGAUAAAUGUGGAACUUGAGUGGUGAUAAUGAUGCCGAAAUGCACAAAGAGAAUAUAUCUGAUGUACAGGUCCCAGUGUCAGAGCUGGGGCUCUCUAUUUAAAAGGCUAUUGAUGUAGCAGU